AUGGACGCGGCGGCAGAGCCCCUACUGCCGCAGCCGGCGACCGCCCUGGACCACCUCGGCCGGCCGGUCUCCCGCCACACCACCGGCCGGUGGUCCGCAGCCGUCUUCAUCAUCGGGGUGGAGAUCUCGGAGCGGUUCGCGUUCGGGGGCAUCUCGGGGAACCUGAUCACCUACCUCACCGGCCCGCUCGGGCAGUCCACGGCUUCGGCCGCCGCGGCCAUCAACGCGUGGAGCGGCGCCGCGCUUAUGCUGCCGCUGCUCGGGUCCGCCGUCGCUGACUCAUGGCUCGGCCGCUACCGUACUAUCAUCAGCGCCUCCCUCCUCUACAUCCUGGGACUGGGUAUGCUCACCCUAUGGUCAAUUUUUGUGCCACAACAACCAGCACAAUUUGGAGACAGCGUGGGUUCCUCAGUAUCCUGGAUAGGUGUUCAUUUAGCUUUCUUCUAUGUGUCACUUUACAUAGUGGCAUGUGCUCAAGGGGGCCACAAACCAUGUGUCCAAGCAUUUGGGGCUGACCAAUUUGAUGAGAAUGAUCCUGAAGAAUGUGCCUCAAGGAGCUCCUUCUUCAAUUGGUGGUACUUUGGGGCAUAUGGAGCCAAUAUUAUUACAAUUUCAAUCUUGAAUUACAUUCAAGAUAACAUAAGCUGGCAGUUUGGGUUUGGUAUCCCAUGCAUUGCCAUGUCUGUUUCUCUUGCAAUUUUCUGGCUUGGUACGAAGAAGUACCGCUUCUAUCCUCCAGUGAGUAGCGAAGGCCUAUUUGAAAAUAUUGGUAAAUCACUUCUUGCAUGGAUUCGAUGCUGUUGUGCAUCAUGGUAUCCAAAAUCAUCUGACGAGUGUCACUUUGCAACUACAUCAUCAUCCAUGGGAGACAAGUACAACAGAGAAACUAAAUAUUUCCCUGAUGUUGCUGUUGCAGUGCUUAAAUUGCUCCCAAUAGGGGCAACCUGCCUGAUCUAUGCAGUUGUCUUUGCUCAAUGGAUGACAUUAUUCACUAAGCAAGCAAGUACACUAGAUAGGUGGAUAGGUACCUUACAGGUACCAGCUGCUACCCUUCAAAGCUUAAUCAGUGUGUCAAUUGUUGUAUUUGUUCCUAUAUAUGACAGCAUCCUUAUUCCACUGGCCAAGAAAUACUCAAGGAACACUUGUGGUAUCACAACAUUGCAACGAAUUGGGAUUGGAAUGGUUAUAUCUGUGAUCCUGAUGGUUGUCGCAGCCCUUGUGGAGAUGAGAAGACUCAGGGUAGCAAGAGAUUAUGGCCUGGUUGACAAACCUGGUGUCACAAUCCCUAUGAGCUUCUGGUGGGUGGUCCCUCAAUUCAUUCUGUCUGGCUUGGCAGAUGUGUUCACAAUGGUCGGCUUGCAAGAAUUUUUCUAUGACCAAGUACCAGAUGGUUUGCGCAGCUUGGGGCUUGCUUUAUACUUGAGCAUAUUUGGACUCGGGAGCUUCAUUAGUAGCUUCCUUGUGUAUACAAUCGACAAGGUAACCAGUAGGGGAGGAGACAGUUGGUUCUCUGACAAUCUAAACCGAGGGCACCUUGAUUACUUCUAUUGGCUUUUAGCUGUGCUCAAUGUUCUUGGCUUGGCUGCAUACCUGUAUUUUUCACAAGUGUAUACUCACAAGAGAAAGGGCGUUUUAGCACAGUGA